CCUCGGCCCUGCAGGAGCGGCUGAAGGUGACUCUCCUGUCGGCUGCGGGAUGCUGGCGGGGACCUCAGCCGGGAACACCAGUCCGCCUCAGCCGGGGAACAGUCCGCCUCAGCCGGAGCUCUCCAGCACGUCCUAACUGCGGCGUCCGAGCCGCGGUGUUUGUGAGGCGGCGAGCCUCCCGAGGACGAGCAGGACGAGCAGGAGGAGCAGAAGGAGCAGCAGGAGGAGCAGGAGCAGGAGGAGCAGGAGGAGCAGCAGGAGGAGGAGGAGCAGGAGGAGCAGGAGAAGGAGCAGCGAGCUGUGCAUGCAUGAGUUCCGCACCGUGCGGGCGGAAGAAGCGCCCCAGGUCCGCAGGCAGUGUCUUGCCCAUCACCAGAGGGCUGCAGGCGGCUUCGGAGAACCGAGAAAGCGUCGUGGACGGCUGCAGGAUGACUGUGCAGGAAUUCAACACCCUGGUGGCGCUGUACCGGGAACAGGUGAUCUCUGUGGGGGAGAUGUCCGCCGACUGUCCGUCUCUGCGGGCUCAGAUGCACUACACCCGGGCCAAAGGAUGCUCCAUGGCCCGGGCUGCACACCACAACCUCGCCCUCGUCGCCGUGUCUGGUCCAGAAGACGGGGAGAUCCACCCAGAGAUCUGUCGGCUCUUCAUCCAGCUGCAGUGUUGCUUGGAAAUGUUCAUCACGGAGAUGCUGAAGUCAAUGGGCCUGCUGGGGGUGCUGCAGCUUCACAGAAAAAGUGCCAUCGCCAUACAAGGAACUGAGUCAGAACCCAAGAUGGACUUCCGAGUCGAUGAGAGUUCUGAUGCUCCCAUCCUGGAAGAUCGUUCCUCCUCUCCCAUCGAUUACCCUCAUGAGCUGUGGCUGGUGGGAGUCCACAUUGAAAACAUAGAGAGAGAUAUGCAGGAGAUGAGAAACCUGCUCAGCAAACUCAGGGACACCAUGCCUUUGCCACUGAAAAAUCAAGACGACAGCAGCCUACUGAACCUGACUCCACACCCGCUGGUGCGACAACGCAAGAGACGCUUCCCGGGACUCUGCUGCAUGGUGUCUGCUUAACAUUCAUCACCUGCUUGUACGUCAAUACUUCUCGCGCUUUACACCAUCCUUCCAACGCCACCGCCGCUGGGAUUGAUUCAAAAGUGGGCGAUGCUUCUCCAAACAAUAUAUACUGUUCAGUUUCAGUUUAUCUGGAACAUGCAUACAAUAGCGUUUAUUGGGGGAGUUACAAAGGUCACUUCUCUUUGCAUUAAUCACCCUCUUAUUAGCGUGUAUACUGUAUAUAUAAUUCAACUGUAUAUAUUUGGGCUAUGCACAAGCAUUAUCAGAUGUUUCUGGUUUCACUGUGCCGGUGGUCUACGUGUCAGGUUACACACAUGUACAAAUACUGUAUGUUCAGCAGCAGUUACCCUCUGCGGACACACAGUAGGUAGGUAGGUCUUUCUUGUCAUUGCAACAAGUACAUCCACAUUUUUGUUUACAGGACAAACACCUUCAAGAUCAGACAAACAAACUGUGGACAGCAGGGGUCCCCAAACUUUUGGACUCUGUGGCCGCAUUGGAUUAAAAAAAAUUGGCCAGGGGCCGGUCUGUAUGAAUAUAUAUACAUAUAUAUAUAUAUAUAUAUAUAUACAUAUAUGAAAUAUAUACAUAAAAUAUAUUUUGGACGCUGGUUGGCCGGAUCCAGUCCGCAGGCCUUAGUUUGGAGACCCUUGGUCUAAAGAAUUACAGAACAGGAACACUAAUGGGUCACCACGAGGCGCUCCGUAAAAGAUGGGAAAAGGUAUAACGCUGGGGAAGAAGAUGAGUAAAAAAUACAAUCCAGACUGGGCUCCUAAAGAGGGGCCUAGUCUGGAGUGGGGGAAAAAAACCUGUGUGCAAUGCACACAUAAACACAUUACAUGUAAUCACAACAAACUUGCAACAGAGGGCGGGGAGUUGGGCCCCUGGAAGGCGACUGUUGCUUUGAAGUGCUGCCAUCCGACCAUCACCCCGAGGGGAAAAGUGUUGGCGAAGGCGUGGGGUGGGGGUGGGGGGUUUGUGCAUGUAUGCCCAAUUGUCUUGGGUGUGAUGAUGUAAUGUUUUUUAGACUGAGGCCGAUCUGCUAAAGUUCGACUGCAGGUGUCGUUGAGGAGGGAGGGAGGUCAAAAGCGUUUACCAUUGAGGUGUCCUCGGGGGGUGUUUUUCAGAACAGCCUAGUCCUUUUUCCACAGCGUCAUGGCCGUUGGAGGGAGUCAAAUCGUAGAUUAGGAUGCUUGUUUUCCGCGAGCAGACAAAAACAAUGACUUGUUUGUUCUAUUCGUCCAUGCUGGGUGCUCACAGUGUCACGUAGAAUACUCAAAGCAGGAAUUCAAUUUUUAAUAUCCGUCAAGUCCAAGUGUUUUCCUUCUGUAGUCGUGUCCGUCUUUGUUUUGGUUCCUGUAGUGUUGAUGCAUGCUUGUAAUCGCUCACUUGGUCUCUCCAGUGCUUUACUAUUAUUGACUAUGACAUGUCUCAAGCUGCAAGAUUUAUGAGCAUGACAUUUACUUGUGACGCUUCCAUCAGCAGUCAAUCACUUUUUUUUUUUUUUUAAAUCAACUUUUCCCCAGUGGGAAAAAACAAAACAAAAAAAGACUUGUUGGUGUCUAGUCCCCCCCCCGCCUCCCCCCGGGCUCCCUAUAGUGGCCACUGUGUAUAUUUCAGUCAGAAAAGUAGGUUGAACACAAUUUAACAUAAAUCUAUUCACAUUCAAUGUAAAUGCAAUGUUUUGUGUGGUCAUCUGUAACGGUUGAUUGUAUUAGGGAGUUUUUAUUUUAAUUUAAUAACAUCAUUUUGUCCCGGUAUGUAUCGUUCACUUAGUGUGUCAGAUAAUGUAGAGAAGCAACGGCUAUGUAUGUACAGGUUAGGACAUUUUAUAUUGUGAAUAAAGUUUUAUAUACAGUUAA